UUUAUGUUUGCCCUGCUGAUGUUGGAAAUGAUUAUAUUUCGGGGUAAUGACUCUUGUUAUUCAGUGGACCGAGGCAGUGCUGAAUCGAGCCCAAAGGUAAAUCACCGCCCUGGAGAGCACACAAAGGUUUACUGCGGGCGAAGUGGGGAAUAACAAUUAUAAUCUUUCAUCUGAAAUAUUGAUCCAUCUGUCCCGUGCACUGCAUGGCGCGUGCUGUUAUCGUCUGCUCCGGACGCCAUUUUAGUUCAAGCGUCUUAUUUGGGGCCCGAUUUUCAAAAUAUUUGGAUGAAUAUUGUUGACGUAUCUGUUUGGAGUGGAUUUCGUCCAAAUCCCAUUUGUUCCACCGUGUGAGUCACGCGGGGGCCGUUGUUUGGAGUUCGAAGCAGACGAGCGCUGUGGAAAUAUAAUCGUUAUGAAGUAACACUAACAGUUCAUGGGAGUCGACUCGGUUCAGUGUCAGGAAGGAUUUGGGUGUUCACUUUUCAUGGAUGUUGCCCUGUUACUGGGCUGUCAUUCACAGUGAAUCAAGCUCACACAUCCAGGAUACCUCAUAUAGACGAGCGUGUACGAUAGACAGCUGGCAGUGGUUGGUAGCGCAGACGACAGUCGGACUUGCUUGGAUGAAGGACGUUGAAAGCGGCCUCUGCUACAAUACACCGACAAGUAGAGUAUAGGUGAACAAAACUCUCAACGAAACCAGGAAGUGUAACAAAACACACCAGAAACACACAAUCUGGACAAAGUCGAACAGCUGACAGAAGAAGAAGGGAUAUAGGCUCCGUACAGAGCAUUUCAGGAAUCUGUGGUGUGAAGAGUUCAUUUGGAAAUACAUUCCAGCAAGUACAGACUUAAUUUGUGUGUUAAAGGAUCGCAAGUUUGGAAAGUUUAGACAACCGAUAUCAGUUGUACAAGAGAUAGAAGUAUUUCAGCUUCAUUUUGGUAACUCAACAAGAAUCUGAGAUGUUUGGCAGAUAACAAUUCUGUGAUACAAAAGAAGGAAUUCAAAUUAGCAAGCAUUGGCACCAGAAACGGUUACCGCCAACUCAGUGUAUAACUGCUCCAGCUAUUGUACAGUAUCAGAGUAUAUCUCAGCAUCUGUUCCAAUUUUUAGACCUGUUAUCAGGAAUCAGAAAAAAUAGCAAUCCCUUAAUGAUCUAUCUGAUGAACAAUCAACAGAAAUAAUCAGACCCAAAUUAGUCCAAUAAUAGAGUGCCUUUUGUAGUGACCCUUCAUUGCAGCGUGUGUUAACAAGAGUUCAAGGUCACAUCUUCCAAUUGGCACCUGUGGCGUGAAGGUGAAGGUCAAGUGUCUGAGAUGGAGACUCUAAUAUAAGUACUUGAUGCUUGAUAGAAACUCCGUUCAAUCCAUAAUCACAGUCUUCCAAGGGUCCCGUUGAUCUGGAUGACCUUGAAAGCAAAGAAAACUUGAACCAGAGCAACAGACACAAUAAUAUUCAACAUCACAAAACUGGAACCAUUCCUCAUUCCAAAAGUGCUACCUCACUUCAAAGACCGUUUUUCUGGUUCUUAUUCCAAUUUUGUGAUAUGAACAUCUGUGUAUUGUGCAAAGUGUGCCUUUACUGCAGCAGAAUUUAUUAUUUUUCAAAUUCACAAAACCAUUCCUCUCAACACUGACUUCCUUGGAACCGUUUUGGUCAGCAUCAGGAAUACUUUUAGGAUUAUCCAAUCAAAAUGUGUUACGUCAUCAUCACCUGUUGGUCAUUGCUAUGGACACUGUUGUCUAUAGCGACCUUCAUGCUGGUUGUGACUUCAGUCAUGUCGCCCAAUUGGCUGAUAGGGGCGCCACAAAAAAUAGGACUGGAGUCCAUCUAUGAUAAUAUCACAGGCAUUGAUCCCGAUCAGAUGUUUAAACCUACAGUCGGUAUGUUCAAUCGCUGUACCCGAUUACAUCGUUUUGAGCUGAUUGACACAAGAGACACGUGCGCGACGUUUGUGACAGGGUAUGGAAUGCCUGACAGUGAGUUCCCGAACACGUGGAAGGCAGCACUAUUCUUCUUCUGUAUUGGCGCCAUAAUGUUGCUGUUUGCUACAGUUACCUCCGUCAUCAGCAUCUGUAAUAGGUCCCUGUGUGGGAAGAGCAUCUUCACUGUGUCAGGGCUUAUUCAGAGCAUUGCAGGGCUGCUGUGCAUCCUGGGGCUCAUCCUGUACCCGGCAGGAUGGGGUAGCGAGGUGGUCACCAAGUACUGCGGCGCCCAGGCCGACCCCUUCUACAUGGACAGGUGCAGUCUGGGAUGGGCUUUCUACUUGUGCAUCACUGGGACUGUUAUGUCCUUCUUCUGUGCAUUCCUUUCAGUGAAGGCGGAUGAGUCCACUUCUUCCUACAAGGUAGAAGAGGAAGUGCUGGAAGGCAAAAACUUGAUAUGUGUUGUGUGAAACACCCCUUUUUUAUAAAAGGACUCUUCCAAUGUCAGAGGAAAGAAUCUCCCACUGUACAGAUAAAGGGGUGAAAGGCUUACAAACAUUUGAUAGUUUCAUGUUUGAAACUGUAUCGCCUAAGCCGAAAUGGUUUAGUCCAUUAAUGGAUGUGUUUGCCAUAUUGUAUGUUAAACAUGUAACGUACAAAAUCAGUGCUAUUUUGAUUUUUGCGAAGUUUUGUGCCUGGAAAUUCUUUGUUUAUGCUUGUGAUAUGAUAAACAUCUUAUUGUACCCAUAUUAGGAGCCAGUGAUUAAUAUGCAAAUAGUCGGGGUCAGUAAUUGAUCUGGGUCAGUGAUUAUGCAAAUAUGAAGGUCAAACUAAUACCCCUAGAAAGAGAAAUAGGGAAUCUAAUUUUUGGUUAAGAUGAUGAAAUUAGUUUUUGAAUGUUACAUUUCUGUUUAAAAAAGCGUUUUGGUAUUUUUAUUGAGAUCAGAUUCUCAGAAUGAGUGUCUGUGUGAGGGUGAAUAUUUGUGUUAAAUUGUACAAAAAAAUAAUGUAAUUCCGAUUGAUUUUGCUUGCAAGAAGAUAUACUCAUUUUAUUGUCAAGAUAAUUUGAUACAAACAAGUUCUAUGUCAUGUUAUACUGCAUCUCCCCAAGUCAGGAGUGUCCACAAGCCUAUAUGAAUGCCUGGUUGGAGAUUAGACAUUGAUGAAGGCUAGAGGGCAUGCUUGCCUCGGGAAGACGGUUAAACUAAGGUAUCAAUAUUAUCUGAGUCGUAUGGUAAACAGAUAUGACAACAUCACAGAGUUCCUGUUUGUAGUCAUUUGUAUAUAAAGAUCAAUAUAGUUUUGUAAUUUCAUUCCCCUAUUUUGUAGCAUGUUAAACAUUUGUAUAUUGUGAUGCUAAAAGAAGCACCAAUGAAGUCAGCACUCAUGAUCCAAGGGAGACAACUCAUCAGCAGGAGCUUCAUUCAAUCCACAAGUGAAAUUUGUAUUGAGAGUAUCUCAUUAAACAGCCUUUGGGGCAUUCUGGAUCACAGGUGGUAAUAACCAUGGUUUAAAAGGGACUAGAAUGGUUAUUGGAUGGUCAAUUGGUAGACUAUUUUUAGUCUCUGAAAUGAAAAUAUAUUUCAUGUUAAGUUGUUGAUUAGUCUUAUUGAAAGGAGCCCUGCGAAUCUCUUAAUUUUUGGAUUUUUUUAUAUAUAAUAGAAAAGUGUAUGCUUCAAAUAAUGCUGGAUAUUGGAAAAUUAUGUUUUUCUUGGCAAUCAAAAAAACUGAUGUGCAGAAUUUAAGGUGAUGCAUGAUACCCUUGAAUUAUUUCCUGUCUUUUUCAAGCCCAAUACAGUACCAUAUUUAAUGCAAUAAGUGCCCAGGGCGCUCUCAAAAUUAGGAAUAGGGGGCUCUUAUUAGAAUAU